UAAAAAUGGUUGAUAAUCCAGUACAGCUGCAUAUUGAUUUUUAAAAUUUAUAAGUUUCUGAUUAAGAGGAUGAAUGCUAUAGUGGAGUUUCAGAUGUUUCUAUUGGACUAUUGUUAUUAGAAUACUCACCUUAAUAACCAGCAAGCUUGAAUAUAGAAAGAAGCAUUGUUUCAUAUCUCAAGGAACUCGGUAUUAAAAUGAAAACAAAUCCAAGAGCUAAGCAAGAAAGAUAUUUUAAGAAAAAACGGCAAUUUAAAAGAGCAUUAACUACUUUCAUGGAAGAAAAAGAAAUUAAAUCAACUACAAUGACACCACCUUAAAUUAGUAAGAAGCCUACAAUGUAGUUAUAAAUGAACUCAAUUAUUGGAAGACGUACUCCUUAAAAUAUUGGAAGUACUCCUUUACUUAGAUUUCCUAAAAAAGCUACUGAAAAAUCAAAAUUCAGUUUAUAACGUGAUAGCUCUAGUUCUCCUGUUUGAAAUUUAUAUUACAUUUAACAAAUUGUCA